AUGGGGUCCUUCGAGUAUGUGCAAUGUGCUCGGGUGUGGAUCCCUGACGUUGAGGAGGUGUGGAAGUCAGCUGAGCUGACCAAGGACUACAAAAAUGGCGACACAUCCCUGCAGCUCAUGUUGGAAGAUGGAACCAAUCUCGAGCACACGUUGGACCCCAAGACCAGGAACCUCCCCUACCUGCGAAACCCUGACAUCCUGGUGGGCGAGAAUGACCUCACGGCGCUCAGCUACCUCCACGAGCCGGCGGUGCUUCAUAACCUCAAAGUCCGCUUCAUCGACUCCAAGCUCAUUUACACUUAUUGCGGGAUUGUUCUGGUGGCCAUCAACCCAUACGAGACGCUGCCCAUCUACGGGACAGACAUCAUCAAUGCAUACAGUGGUCAGAACAUGGGAGACAUGGACCCGCACAUCUUUGCAGUGGCAGAGGAGGCUUACAAACAGAUGGCUAGGGAUGAGAGGAAUCAGUCCAUCAUUGUAAGUGGCGAGUCUGGGGCAGGAAAGACCGUUUCAGCCAAGUAUGCCAUGAGAUACUUUGCCACUGUUAGCGGCUCGGCCAGCGAGGCCAACAUUGAGGACAAAGUGUUGGCAUCUAACCCCAUCAUGGAGGCUAUCGGAAACGCCAAGACAACUCGGAACGAUAACAGCAGUCGUUUUGGGAAGUACAUAGAGAUCGGCUUUGACAACCGGUACCGAAUCAUUGGGGCAAACAUGAGGACAUAUCUGUUAGAAAAGUCCAGAGUAGUGUUCCAGGCGGACGAAGAGCGGAAUUAUCAUAUCUUUUAUCAGCUCUGCGCUUCAUCGCAUCUGCCCGAAUUCAAGAACCUCCAAUUGAGCAAUGCAAACAACUUCCUGUAUACCCGGCAGGGCCGCAGCCCCGUUAUCGAAGGGGUGGACGACAGCAAGGAGCUCGGCACCACCCGCAACGCCUUCUCCUUGCUUGGUAUUAACGAAUCUUAUCAGAUGGGACUGUUUCAAGUUCUAGCUGCUAUUCUUCAUCUGGGAAAUGUGGACAUCAAAGACAGAGAUUCAGAUAGCAGCCUCAUUCCCCCCAACAAUCAUCACUUGACGAAGUUCUGCGAGUUGGUUGGUGUCACCUACGAGGACAUGGCUCAGUGGCUGUGCCACAGGAAGUUGAAAACAGCAACAGAAACCUAUAUCAAGACCCUCCCCCGCCUGCAGGCUACGAACGCCCGUGACGCUCUAUCCAAACAUAUCUACGCCAAGCUCUUCAACUGGAUCGUGGAGCACGUCAACAAGGCGCUCAUCACCAAUAUGAAGCAGCACUCCUUCAUCGGCGUCCUCGACAUUUACGGGUUUGAGACGUUUGAAAUCAACAGCUUUGAGCAGUUCUGUAUCAACUACGCAAAUGAGAAACUCCAGCAGCAAUUCAACAUGCAUGUGUUCAAACUGGAGCAGGAAGAGUACAUGAAGGAGCAGAUUCCUUGGACUCUCAUCGACUUCUAUGACAAUCAGCCCUGCAUCAACCUCAUCGAAGCCAAGAUGGGCAUUCUGGACCUGCUGGAUGAAGAGUGCAGAAUGCCUAAAGGCUCCGACGAUUCAUGGGCUCAAAAGCUGUACAACACCCAUCUGAAGACGUGCUCCCUCUUCGAAAAGCCGCGCAUGUCCAACUGUGCCUUCAUCAUUCAACAUUUUGCCGAUAAGGUUGAAUAUCAAUGUGAAGGUUUUCUGGAGAAGAACAAAGACACAGUGAAUGAAGAACAGAUCAACGUUCUCAAGGCCAGCAAGCUUAAGUUUGAUCUUUUGGUGGAGCUAUUCCUUGAUGAAGGAAAAGCUACAAGUCCCACCGGUCAGCCGGCUGGGUCGGGAGGCAGGACCCGUCUCAGCCUCAAACCUGAAAAAAGCCGCGACAACAGCAGCAAGGAGCACAAGAAGACUGUCGGCUGCCAGUUCCGUAACUCUCUUCAAAUGCUCAUGGAGACAUUGAACGCCACCACUCCACAUUACGUCCGCUGUAUUAAACCCAAUGAUUUCAAGCAGGCCUUCUCGUUUGACCCGAAACGUGCGGUGCAGCAGCUAAGAGCCUGUGGGGUCCUAGAGACAAUCCGAAUCUCUGCGGCAGGUUUCCCAUCCAGAUGGACAUACCAGGAGUUCUUCAGCCGUUACAGAGUGCUGAUGAAGCAGAAGGAUGUUCUCUCUGACAAGAAGUUAACCUGCAGGAACGUUCUUGAAAAGCUGGUGGAGGACCAGGAUAAAUACCAAUUUGGUAAGACCAAGAUCUUCUUCAGGGCCGGUCAGGUAGCUUACCUAGAGAAGCUACGAGCCGACAAGCUACGUGCCGCCUGCAUCCGAAUCCAGAAAACUAUUCGCUGCUGGUUGGCGCGCAAGAAGUACAUGCGCAUGCGUGACGCGGCCAUCACCAUCCAGAGGUUUACCAGAGGAUACCAGGCUCGCUGCUUGGCGAAGUUCAUGCGACGCACUCAGGCAGCCAUCGUCAUCCAGAAGUACCAGAAGAUGUAUGUAGCUAGGAAACGCUACAGGGAGAAGCAGAAGGCUGCCUUAGCCAUACAGACUAUCCUAAGAGCUUACAUGGCUCGCCAGAAGUACAAAGCGCUUCUCCGCGAGCACAUGGUGGUGAUCAUCCAGAAGCAUGCCCGCGGCUGGCUAGCUAGACGCUGGUACAAGCGUUGUCUGAGCUCCAUCGUCUACCUGCAGUGCUGCCUCCGCAGGAUGAGAGCUAGACGCGAGCUGAAGAAGCUGAAGAUAGAGGCCCGCUCGGUGGAGCACUUCAAGAAACUCAACAAGGGCAUGGAGAACAAGAUCAUGCAGCUCCAGAGGAAGAUCGACGAGCAGACCAAAGAGAACAAGUCAGUAAACGAGAGACUAACAGGCUUGGAGAACACCUACACGACGGAGAGUGAGCGGCUACGUGGAGAGUUGGGUCGCCUUCGUGGUGUGGAAGAGGAGGCCAGGAGCAAAGGCAACCAGGUCAACUGUCUCCUGGAGGAGCUGGAGAAGCUGAGGAAGGAGCUUUGCACUACGCAGCAGGAGAAGAAGACCAUCGAGGACUGGGCGCAGACAUACAAGGGAGAAAUGGAGAAAAUGGUAUCGGAACUGAAAGAUCAGAAUGGCUUGCUGAAGAAAGAGAAAGACGACUUGAACAGGUUGAUUCAGGAACAGAGUCAGCAGAUGACAGAGAAAAUGGCACGUACGAUUGCAGCGGAGACUCAGCAAUUGGAGACGGAUCUGAACGAGGAGCGCUCUCGCUACCAGAAUCUCCUGACAGAACACCUUCGCCUAGAGGAGAAAUACGACGACCUCAAAGAGCAUAUUUCCAAGCCUGGCCACAGGAGAACGGAUUCCACCCACAGCAGCAACGAAUCCGAGUACACGUACAACUCCGAGUUCGCCGAAUCGGAAGAAGGUUCCCGUGCCGCAGAAGAUUUGACGCGAGGAAUGGAUACCUCACUCACGCUCAAGCUCCAGAAGCGACUCACAGAGCUGGAGCAAGAAAAGCAGUCGCUGCGCAAUGAGCUAGAAAACAAGGAGGAGCAGUUUCAGAGGACUCGAGCCAGGGAUGAAUCAGAGUUCAAAAAGGCACGUGGGGCAGAGUUGGAGUACGAGUCCCUCAAGCGUCAAGAACUGGAGUCUGAGAACAAGAAGCUGAAACACGACCUGGCCGAGAUGAGGAAAAGCCUUUUGGGUGGCGCAGCUGCGAGUUCAGGUGCACCCGGCUCUCCAGCCUACAAGGUGCUGUUGGAUCAGCUCAACUCCUCCUGCGAGGAGCUGGAGGUGCGCAAGGAGGAGGUGCUUAUCCUGCGCUCACAGCUGGUCAGCCAGAAGGAAGCCAUGCAGCACAAGGAUGAGAAGGAGACCAUGACAGAAGUUGCCGUCCACGUGGAGGAUAUUUCCAAAUUGAAGGAUGCCGAUGAACUCAAACAAGCCUACAUCGGUCUCAAAGACACCAACAGAUCUUCAAGGUUCGCAUUUAAGCGGCUAGAAGUCAGACAUCUGUUGAGUAGGCUCAGAUCGGCGGCUCCAGACUUCCAAAAACUGAAUGAGGACGGAGAGCUGUGGCUGGUUAAUCAGGGCUUAAAGGAGACUAUCAGGCUGCUGGAGCACCAGCUGCAGACUCAGCGGAGGAGUUACGACAGCGAGGUGGAGUCGCUGCGUGGCGAACUACAGAACGUCAAGGAGGAAAACAACCGGCAGCAACAGCUCCUGGCACAGAACCUCCAACUUCCCCCGGAAGCCCGCAUCGAAGCCAGUCUGCAGCAUGAAAUCACCCGACUCACCAACGAGAACCUGGAGCUGGUAGCCAACGACCCCACAGCGUCCCGAGAGGCUCGAGUCAUCAUUUUACGGCGGAUGGUUGAUCUCAUGGAGCAGCUGGAGAAGCAGGACCGAACAAUCCGCAAGCUCAAGAAGCAGCUUAAGGUUUACUCCAAGAGGAUCGGAGAGAUGGGAGCUGGUCAAGCAGAAGGACAGACAUCACCGGGGCAGAUGGUGGAUGAGCCAGUCCAUCCGGUCAACAUUCCUCGCAGGGAGAAGGACUUCCAGGGAAUGCUGGAGUACAAGAAGGAGGACGAACUGAAACUGGUCAAGAACUUGAUCCUGGAGCUCAAGCCUCGCGGCGUUGCCGUCAACCUGAUCCCGGGUCUGCCCGCUUACAUCCUCUUCAUGUGUCUGAGGCAUGCAGACUACGUCAAUGACGAAAAGAAGGUCCGCACGCUGCUCACGUCCACCAUCAACAGCAUCAAGAAGAUCUUGAAGAAAAGAGGAGAUGACUUUGAGACCAUCUCCUUCUGGUUGGCCAACACCUGCCGCUUCCUGCACUGUCUGAAGCAGUACAGCGGGGAUGAGGACUUCAUGAAGCACAACACUUCCCGGCAGAACGAGCACUGUCUGUCCAACUUCGACCUGACAGAGUACAGAUCGGUGAUCAGCGACCUGGCCAUCCAAAUCUACCAGCAACUCAUCAAAUGCAUGGAGAACACCCUUCAGCCCAUGAUAGUCUCCGGAAUGCUGGAGCACGAAACCAUCCAGGGCGUGUCCAGCGUGAAGCCGACGGGCCUGCGCAAGCGGACGUCCAGCAUCGCCGACGAAGGCACCUACACGCUGGACUCUAUCCUGCGCCAGCUCAACGCUUUCCACUCCACCAUGUGCCAGCACGGCACCGACCCCGAGCUCAUCAAGCAGGUGGUCAAGCAGCAGUUCUAUGUCAUCGGAGCCGUCACCCUCAACAACCUGCUACUCCGGAAAGACAUGUGCUCCUGGAGCAAAGGCAUGCAAAUCAGGUACAACGUGAGCCAGCUGGAGGAGUGGCUGCGUGACAAAAGUCUGAUGAACUGUGGGGCCAAAGAAACUCUGGAGCCUCUCAUCCAGGCCGCUCAGCUGCUGCAGGUCAAGAAGAAGACUGACGAGGAUGCUGAAGCCAUUUGCUCCAUGUGCCUGGCUCUCACCACAGCACAGAUCGUGAAGGUCCUGAACCUCUACACUCCAGUCAACGAGUUUGAAGAGAGGGUGUCUGUCGCAUUCAUCCAAACUAUACAGACACGUUUGCGGGACCGCUGCGAGACUCCACACCUUCUGAUGGACACCAAAAUUAUCUACCCCGUCACCUUCCCAUUCAACCCGUCUUCCCUCGGUUUGGAGACCAUUCAGAUCCCGAGCUCGCUCAACCUGGCCUUCCUCACCCGCGUCUAA